AUUAAGGCAUGUCAAAGCAAUUUCGGUCUCUUUACUGAACAGACAUACCAAACGAAAGCCUCAAGAUGAAGUCAUAUUUACAAAAUGUACUCAUAUUAAUGUUCUUUGCAACAUUUCCAACGUUGUAUUGUCAAACGUGCUCGGAUUGUUCAUUGACCGAUGGAGUUUAUGCAUGUGUGGAUGAGUUUUCUUAUGGCAUCUGUUUCAAUCUUGGAGCCGUUGAUACUAACACAGUUCGAUCAUGUGGAGAUGGCUAUUACUGCAAUGUUGAUGGCUCAUUUUGUUCUCCCCGGGAAUCCUCUACGCCAUCAUGUGUAACUUCUUCUUCAACUCCAGCUGUGAGUACCUGUUCAGAUUGUUCGCUGACUGAUGGUGUCUAUGCCUGCAUGGAUGAAUUUAGCUAUGGAGUCUGUUACAAUCUCGGCUUUGUCGAUCCAAACGCCAUUCGAUCAUGUGAUGAUGGCUUUUACUGCAAUGUAGAUGGCACAUUUUGUUCACCCCGCGAUACAUCUUCCCCAUCAUGUGUAUCGUCAGCAACUCCAAAACCUACUACAGAAUUGACAACAGGUAAACCUACGGAAUCGACUACAGUUUUACCACCUGUUUCUUCGACCUCACAGUCUCCAGUGUCUUCAACAGAAUCUACAACAGUGUCGCCCCCCGAUUCUUCGACUGCGCAGUCUCCAGAAUCUUCUACAGUAUCGACAACUAUUCCAGAAUUCAAUGCCGAUGCAUACUGUUUGAGUCUCAACAAAGAAGGAUAUUUUAGGGUCCAGAGUGAUCCCACCUGCAAAGAUUAUGUGAACUGCUACAAAUUGUCGGGAGAUACCCUGGGUUGGCUCUUUCAUUGCAACACUAACGAAUAUUUUAACUCGGAGACAAGUCAGUGUGAAACUGAGCGACCUGCCGAUUGCUGACCAACUGAAUUUCAUUUAACUUUCGCAAGCAUGAGUAGAACAUGU